AUGAACUCUGACUCGUUUGUGUCUGUUUUGAAUCUGCAGAUCUCGACAGGGAAGAAGUCGGCGUUCAGACGUCACCUGGCUACCAAACAGAUCUUGAAGCAGAAGCGGGUUCACGUCAGAGUGGAACCAGAGAUACAGGCGCUUGGAGUUGAAGAUGAGGUAUGCUCCGCCGAUCUCGAGGUUGGUCUGGCUAAGUGCUCUGGUUUGCGGCAAAGUGAAGAACUGGGUCUCGCCUUCAAAGAGGCACUCGCUGUCGUCCAGGUCGUGCAGACUGAUCAUCAGCGGAUACAAGUAGGCAGAUAG